AUGAGGAUGAGUUGGCCGACAGUGGCAUUACAGUCGACCCCUGGCCACUCCUUCCCUUCCUCCGCACCUCUCUCAACCGCUCUCUAUAUCUCCCUCUGCCCAUACCGCCACACCCAACCUCCUAUGCAACUCCCAUCCCACCAGGUGGUGCUAUACGAGGACGAGUUGGCUGACAGUGGCAUCUCCCUCCUCACUGCCAGAGCCAGGGUCAUGCCAACCUGCUGGUUCAUCCUCCUCCGCUUCUGGCUGCGAGUGGACGGGGCUCUCAUGCGCCUGCGCGACUCGCGCUUCUUCUGCGCCUUCACCACCACACCUGCUCCCUAUCUCGCCUACAUACCCAUCUACAGACCAUCCACUCUCCCCACCUGUCUGUAA